AGGGGAGCUCUGCUUGGGUUCUUUGGUCUCAAGUUGCUGGACAGGCAGGGCAUGAUUCAGUUACCUACACACUGGCAUUGAGUGCCUCUUGAUUUAGUACAUAAAGUGCUUUUCCAGCUGGUUUAAGUCUGUCACGGGAGUAACAAAACACUCAUACCUGAAAGGAGCUUGUUUGGCACAGGCAGAGUUUUCAGGACUGAGUAAGCUCGCCAUCAUGUAGCCUUUCCCAGAUUUGCUUCAGAACCUUCCUCCCAGCUCGUGUCAGAAAAGGCUCAGAUGUUCCUUGGAGCCUUGCCAGAGAGGGUAGACGCUGAUGUGAGGGAAUCAGCUUUCCAGCCUACUGCCUUUCUUCCUGGAUGAGCAAUUUAUCUCAAAGCACUCCACCUCCUCUGAACACCUCUCACCCACAUGGGUAGCGUUCCCUGAGAGAACAGCUCAGUAGUUUUCCUGAUGAGUUUGCAAAGUGCUUGGCUCUGUGCUCCAGCUGGUCCAGCCAUGGCUUAGCACUCAGCAGCUUCUAGGAAAAGCAAAGAGCCAGGGUGCUAAGUGGUUGGGGCCAGAACAGAGGCAGGAGAUGGGUCCCAUAGGUGCCACAAAGCAACCAGAUACAAAGUCUUGUAUCCAGCUAAGACUAAGGAGGAAGGUUGGUCAGAAGAUAAGGCAAUGCUCAGAAGAUAAGGCAAGAGCCUGGACAGAGAAAGGGACUCAAGGAAACCGUAGAGGAAAGACUGUCUGCCUUUUAAGAAGCCAGUGAGUAGAGGAUAGCUCUGUUUUCCAAAUCUUUAUUCUGUCGUACAAUGUAAUUUAGAGAGUUGUGUUGUCAGUUUUAACUCCUUGUCUAUUCUAACAAAACAGCCUUGGACAGCAGUGUGAUAAGAGGUGGAGAACAGCAGCACACAGUCAGUUCAGCUCAGCACCCUGGGUGACAUCCCAGCAGAGACAGCAACCCUGCCUGCUCAGGGAUGCCAGUCCAGACCUCCCUCUGCUCUCAAAGCCUCAGGCUGCCCCUAAGACAGGCAAACAGAUCAGGGAAUGAAUGCUCACAUCUGACUCCUACAUUGUUCAACUGGUCCUUCAUUAUUCAGCCAAACAUCAGCUUUCAAACCAGUCCAGAAUUUGCUUGACCCACAGCUGUAACAGGAGUGGAGACUGUGAGUUUCAAAGUUGGUUCCCAGUGUCCCUUUCCCAUAGCAGCACACAAAGCAUGGGAAAGUCACCCAACAGCCCUGUGCCAAUUGUUAUCUGAGAACCUGGCAGAUGCAAUUUGAUCACAGAGCGAUAACUGAACUCUGUCUCAGAUCACAACAGAGGGGCCUUCUGACAGUGUCACUGAACAUUUCCUCUGCAGCUUUGGUUCACAAACCCAGGCAUUCCUUCAGCUCCCCGGUGCUGCCAUGCACCGACACUCCAGCAUCCUCAGCACCGGGACAAGAGGGACAAGAAACCAGGGCUGCCAGAUGCACACCCAGAACUGCUGCAGGACGGGUGUCACAGCUUUUCAGGUGCCUGCUUUUCCACACGGCUACAGUAGUACAGCUUCAGCCAAGAGGUGCUAAAGUCCUUUAAACUCCUGGGAUUUCUUGAUGUUAAAAAUGUCCCAUGUGCACGAGAAUCGGUGCUCUAUGGCUC